CAAUCUUAUAAAUUCGCACAACUAAUUUAUAAUUUUUUUGCAAUUAGCUGAUGCAACAUCUUCCCGCAUGAUGCGUCUCAGCUGUAACAGUUGACUAAUUUAUUGAAAUAGAAUUAAAGUACUUAUCUCUUUUGAUGUGUCUUCAAACAGUUCUUUCCGGCCUUGUUCAGUCGCUCGUAAUCAGCCAGCGGUGACCGAUGUCACUAUGCUCACCGCCGCGAUAUUCGUUAUCAUUGUCGCUCUUGUUUAUUUGUAUUCAACUAGAACUUUCAGGUACUGGGAAAAAAGAGGUAUCAAACAUGAUAAGCCUAUGCCCUUCUUCGGCACCGAUUCAGAGGGAUAUCUACUCAGAAAAAGCAUAACCCAAACUGCUGUGGAUGCAUAUCUCAAAUACCCCAAUGAAAAAGUCGUCGGUUUCUUCAGAUCCUCAAGGCCUGAGCUAAUCAUUAGAGACCCGGAUAUUAUAAAACAAAUUCUAACAACAGACUUCGCGUAUUUCUAUCCAAGAGGACUGAAGCCACAUAAAAAGGUAAUUCAGCCGUUGAUGCGUAACCUGUUUUUCGCUGAUGGGGAUCUGUGGCGUCUACUACGUCAACGUAUGACACCUGCAUUUACGAGCGGGAAAUUGCGUGCCAUGUUUCCUCUGGUCGUGGAAAGAGCUGAAAGACUUCAAGCUCGGACCCUUAAGAUUGCUUCACAACCUCUAGAUGCUAGAGAACUAAUGGCACGUUACACGACAGAUUUCAUAGGCGCUUGCGGCUUUGGCCUCGAUGCAGACUCACUCAACGAUGAAGAUUCAGCAUUCAGAAAGCUUGGAGCGGCCAUUUUCAACAUAACUGUUCAGCGAGCAAUCGUGGCUGUCCUCAAACAGAUAUUCCCUAGGCUAUUCAAGCAUUUUAAGUACUCGUCGAAGUAUGAAACAGAUUUUGUGAGUUUGGUCAGUUCCAUAUUAAAACAAAGAAAUUACAAACCAUCUGGUCGAAACGAUUUUAUUGAUUUACUCUUAGAGUGUCAAAUGAAAGGAGAAAUCGUAGUAGAAUCUAUUGAGAAAAUGAAACCAGAUGGCACUCCUGAGAUCAUUAGAAUGGUGUUAACAGAACAAUUGCUAGCAGCUCAAGUAUUCGUCUUCUUUGCAGCUGGCUUUGAAACAUCGUCGUCUGCCACUAGCUUCACGCUCCAUCAACUUGCGUUCCAUCCUGAGAUCCAAGAGAAAGUGCAAAAAGAACUAGACCAGGUUCUCGCCAAAUAUAACAACAAGCUGUGCUACGAUGCAAUUAAAGAGAUGAGAUACUUGGAGAGUGCGUUUAAAGAAGCCAUGAGAAUGUUUCCGUCGCUCGGUUACUUGAUUAGGGAGUGCGCUCGUCAAUACACAUUCCCGGAGUUAAACUUGACUAUAGACGAAGGCGUAGGUAUAAUCAUACCUCUCCAGGCCUUGCACAAUGACCCAGAAUAUUUUGAUAGUCCGAAUGAAUUCCGACCAGAAAGAUUCAUGCCCUCUGAAUAUAAUCAUAACAAAACGAAAUUUGUCUACUUACCUUUUGGAGAUGGACCUCGUCGUUGCAUCGGUGCUCGCCUCGGCUUAAUGCAGUCCUUGGCAGGCUUGGCAGCUGUCUUGUCCAAGUUCACGGUGAAGCCAGCUCCAAGCACCAAGCGUCAUCCAGUCGUUGAACCCAAGUCCAGCGUCGUGCAGAGCAUCAAAGAUGGUCUGCCUCUUCUCUUCAUUGAAAGGACAAAGUCCUGAUAAUUAUUCGUUAACUUAAAAGCGUUUACUACGUGACACGU